UUUGCCGGUCCGUCACUGUUAAUACUCCGGAUUGUUCUCAUCAUGGCUGUACCUGCAGGGAGAUCUGUGGUUUUCGUGACUGGAAACGCCAAAAAACUGGAAGAAGUCAUUCAGAUCCUGGGAGACAAGUUUCCGUACAAACUUGUGUCAAAAAAGAUUGACUUGCCUGAGUAUCAAGGAGAGCCUGAUGAUAUUUCCAUACAAAAGUGUAAAGAAGCUGCACGCCAGGUUGACGGGCCAGUCAUAGUAGAGGACACCUGCCUAUGUUUCAGGGCUUUAGAGGGACUACCAGGGCCUUACAUCAAAUGGUUUCUGGAUAAACUCAAGCCAGAAGGCUUAUAUAAACUCCUAGCUGGAUAUGAAGAUAAAUCAGCAUGGGCUCUUUGCACCUUUGCUUUCUGUGCUGGAAAAGAUGAACCUGUGCGACUCUUCAGGGGGAAAACAGAGGGGCACAUCGUGGAACCCAGGGGGCCUCGAGACUUCGGAUGGGAUCCCUGUUUCCAGCCUGAUGGCUAUGACAAAACCUAUGCUGAGCUGCCUAAAGAAGUGAAGAAUACAAUCUCUCACCGGUACCGGGCUCUCACUGCCAUGUCAGAGUAUUUCUGUCAGAACAACGAUACCUCACCACAUAGCAAGAAGAAGAAACAGGAAGAUUAAAGAUUUCCGGACCAACCUGCAGUACUGUCUAUCACACCUAAACUAAUUUGGUUUGCCAAAAUAGUGUGCUCAUUUGUAAUGUUUCAUUGUUGGUAAUUGUUUUCCAUCAUAUUCAGAUGGAACCUGCUGUGUAAGAGGCGCUCCAUCAUUUCUGAUUUUUCAUGCAUCUUCAAUAAACUCUAGAAUUUAC